AAUGUCAACUUGACAUAUCAGUCUUGGUCAUUUGUUGUUACUGUUCCCAAUUUCCCAUUCCAACAAUCGAUUCCCGACAAAAAAGUUAAAUAACUUAUUUACAGAAGUAAUUAACGGGUUAUACUUGAAUACCAAAACUAUCUCCUUGCUAACAAAAUGGAAUUGACGCUUUAGAUAUCCCCUAUCGAGUACUUUGGACUCCCAGUUGAAGACAAGGAAGGUGCAUUGUGAAUCGUGUGCCUGAAAUCGCCAAGUUUUCAUGACAAGAACAACUUCCCCGAUGCAUGUGAGCAUUAGAUCACCCACGACAACAUGUAUGACAUGUUGUCAGAGUUCCGGGUGUCAGAGUUUGAUUCGUUCGUCGACGUGUUUAGAUUAACACCUGGCGAUCCGUUGGACACAUUCGGAGAGAUGUGGUACCCGGUGUUCCUGUGGUCGCUGUGUAGCUCCGUGUUCGUCCACACGUGCGCCGCGUUCGUCGCCUUCGGUACUCUGAGGAAGCACAAGUACGGAAAGUUCUUCCCCGUGCUGCUGAUAGUGAUGGGCGUAGUGUGCCCCGUGACUUCUGGUGUCGUGAGUAGUGCGGCCGUGGCGUUCAUCUACAGGGCGGCCAACCUAGCCAUGCCGCCCAUACACGCCAUGGUGUGGGGCAUUGGACAGACAGUGCUCGGUGCUGGUAUCGGUUUCACUAGGAUUCUUGCAACAUUGUAAUUUUUUUAUAUUUAAGGUACAAAAUCAAAUUAGUUCAAUACAUUGUAGCAAUGACGAUGCCUUUGUAAUAUUAGUCAUUGCUAGGGAAAAAGUGGGAAGUCAAUUAUAUUAUAAUGGAAAUAUAGUAUGUUACUUAACCUGUAAUCUUAUAGGUUUAUGAAUUGCUUCAAAUAUACUUGUUGUUAUUAGCCUAAUGAAAUACUCUUAAAAUAUGUAAAUCUUUACCAAUACAAAAAAAAUACAAAACAGACUUUGUUUGCCUCUUUUCACUUUUCACACUUGUUGGGAUCUGGAAGUAAGGGAGGGAUUCAAAAGCCUUUCAAGUCAGACAUAGAUAAUGGAAAAAGCUAGUACUUUAAUAAAAAUAUAAUAGAUUUUUCACUUCUCUGUAUACCUACCUACUAUUGUAUUAUGUAAUCAUAUUUAUCCACACAAAAUAUACAGUAGAUUAAUCUUUGUAAAAUGUUAAAUGUAUAGCAUCCUUUUUUAUGAAAUCUG